UUCGACAGAAACAGUUUCAAGUGACAAGAUUAAAAAUUACAAAAACUGAAUAAAAAUAAUUAGAAAAAUGAAUAACAGCAAAACGAUAAAGAAAACGACACCAAAACAAUUUGAAGCUCUUGUGGAUUUUAUGUGUCAAAACCCAAAUAUAGCUAAAGGAUACCAUAAAAACACAGGCAAGUUGUCCAUUAAAGAGCAGUGGAAUAAUUUGCAAAGGAAGCUGAAUAGUUUAGGCCCUCCCACACGUGAGGCUGAAGGUUGGAUGAAGGUAUGGGCAGAUAUGAAGAGCAGCGUUAAGAAGAAAAUCGUGCACAAUAAGAUGGAAAGCCGUGCAACUGGUGGAGGCAUUUUCAACCAGAAGUUGUUGACACCUUUGGAGGAGGCAGUAGCAGGACUACUGCAAAUCAAUUCUAUUGUAAGUCCAGAAUGCCCAUCCAUCGGUGUUCAAAGCUCGCCGGUAAACCUGAUUCAAGAAAUUUUGGAGGACGAAGUUGAUGGACACGUCAGCGAGGACAAUGUAGAAGUGGAUAUCCAACCCAAUACUUCCACUCGAAAAAGGAAGCAACGAACUGUGGACAAAAAUGUACUUCUGGAUCAACAGCUUAAAAUUCAGACAAGUUUAUAUGAAGAAGUAAAAAAGAGUUUGUCGGAAAUCGAGAGGUAUAGUCGCAAAAAUUAUAAAGUUCAAGAAGAACGAUUGAAAAUGGAAAAGGAAAAACUUAGGCUAUACAAAGAACAAAUUAGAAAUAAAGAAAACUAUAGGACCAACAUGUUGAAAUUGAGAACGGAAGAAAUAACCCUCAAACAACAAAAAAUUGAGAUAGAAAAAGCCAGAAUUCAAGAAUUCUUAUGA